UGUGGCGAGGAGGGCGGAGGUGACAGCAAAGAUAGACAGUCAGGUGAUUGAGGGUGCUGCUGCCACAGGUACAGACAGCAAGGACUAACAGGGCGAUGAUGCGAUUUGGGUUGGACGCGGUGCCUGUCAUCCUGAGUCUUAAAUGGGUGACGCUCAGAUACUUCACUGAGGGAUGGGACACCUUCUUCAGGGAGGAGUUCGUGUCCCUCGGCAUGGUGAGCGCCCUCGUGGGUUUGGUGGACCUAAUACUUGGACACAGCCUCUCCUGCUUUGUGACACAUGUUGCACUCUUGAUUCUGGUGCGGCGGAUACAGGCAGGUGGCAUGUGCUCCUCCUCAAAGCGACUGGAUGGUCAGACCAUUGUUGUUACUGGUUGCAAUGUUGGCAUUGGCCAGGAGACAGCAAGAGCACUGAGCCACAGAGGUGCCAAGGUGGUGAUGGCCUGCAGAGAUACACGCAUGGCAGAGAAGGUGGCAACAGAAAUCACAAAGGAGACUGGGGGAGAGUUGGUGGUGAUGAAGCUUGAUCUUGCUUCACUUGCCUCUGUCCGAGCCUUUGCAGCAGAUCUAAAAGCCAAGGAGAGCAGGAUUCAUAUGUUAAUAAAUAAUGCAGGAGUAAUGUUCUGUCCUUAUAUGAAGACAGAGGAUGGCUUUGAGAUGCAGAUGGGCACCAACCACCUGGGACAUUUCUUGCUCACCUCUCUUCUACUUCCUCUGCUAACACACAGUGAACCAGCACGCAUCAUUACUGUCAGCUCCUUGGGGCAUAUUGGAGGCACCAUACCAUUUGAGGACAUGAACCUUGAAAAAAAAUACAGCAGGUUUGAAGCUUAUGGCAACAGCAAGCUGGCCAACAUUCUCUUCACUCGCCAGCUGGCUAAAAGACUCAAAGGUACGAACAUUCAAGUCUUUUCCUUGCACCCGGGAUCUGUGCAGUCAAACUUGGCCCGGCACAUGUUCAGUAAGGAGUGGCUCCCCACUGGCAGACUAUCAUCACUGUUGAUAAAGACUACUGUAGAGGGGACCCAAACCACCCUAUACUGUGCCCUUGAAGCCCAGCAGCAAGAACCUUACUAUUAUAGUGACUGUAACAUUGGUGCUGUUAUUAAAGCUGCCCAGGAUGAUGCACUGGCAGAGAAACUAUGGCAAGUGUCUGAAGAAAUGGUAGGCCUCUCCAAACCUGAAUCGUCCUCGGGGAGCAAGAUCAAAGAAUGAGCACCACAUCAGUGUCUAAGCCUCAGACGUUUGGAUGUGUAACCUGGUUGAACAUCUGGAAUUCAAAUGGCAGCAGCACCUCACCUCUCCAAACCUUAAAACAACUAAUGACUGACACCAGCAAGUCUGAAGCAUAUAAACAUAAGAAUCCUACCACUUCAAGCAACAAAAUACGUAUAAAAUAUGCUAACAGAUUGACUGCAAUGUUAUUUUUAUAUUACACAAAACUUAAAAUAUAAUGAAACUUCUUUGUUGUGGGUGAUAUCAAAAUAAAAUAGUUUGUUUGUAA